GCAACAGAAUGCAUUGAAAAUGGCGCUGAAGUUUUGGAAAUAGACGGAGAUUUAACGGAGUUUGAACAUUUGGAACCAAUUGUCAACAAGACUGUUGAGAAAUUUUCGGCUAUUGACAUUUUAGUUAACAAUGCAGGAUGUAGUGUGUAUAGAUCUAUUGGCGAUACAAAGGUUGAAGAUUUCGACAUGUUAUUUCAGAUACUACUUCGGGCUCCUGUAUUCUUGAGCAAAUAUGCCUUGCCUCAUUUGAAGAAAACAAAAGGAUGCAUUGUAAACGUGUCGAGUGUAGCAGCAAUGAUGAGUUCACCAAACGGUGUUCCUUAUAAAAUGUUUAAAGGCGCUCUGGAUCACUUUACAAAAGGUUUUGCUUCAGAGUGCAGUCUGUUCGGUGUUCGUGUAAACAGCAUAAAUCCAGCUCUUGUCCAUACAAGAAUAUUAGACACAUUCGGACUAGCCAAGGACGUACUAGAAAAGCUUAUCGAGAAAUCUGAAGCCCUGCAUCAUUUUGGGGUAAUGCAACCAGGAACAAUAGCAGACGGAAUCAAAUUUUUGUGCUCAUCUCCUCACAUUACUGGAAUUACACUACCAGUUACUUCGGGUCUUUCAGUAUAAAUGUGUAAUAAAAGUUUCUUUCUGUGGUUUGGAAAAAUAUAAAGCUUAUUGGCAUGUUUGCUCGAUUGCAAACCAAUGGGUAAUGAAGACACAAAAAACUAGAUAAUGUACUUGCGGGAACGAUCGAUAAUGUAAAUCAAGAAAUGAGGACUUAGGCUACUGACCAACAUUCUAGGCAACCAAUCCAUGUUUAUAGUUACAUAUAAGCUGGCUGCGCUGUAG